GUAAAUAAAUCACCCAAUGGCAAUCCAUCUCUCCGUUUAUCGGACCGAAAUCUCACAGCGGGCCGAGUAUUGGAAGUAGCGAAUGUGGCUGAAAUGCUUAAGACAGCCAAUCAGCUUAUCGCGGAAAGUCAGCCUUUUGGCUUUGAUAGCCUCAUCAUACAUUUUAUCUCAAGCCUUCCCAACUUUCUACUUGUAUUUGUUGACUUUGCCAACAACCUCCACACUACUUCAUAUUCAUACCACCAUGACAUCCCGACCAACCCUAAGUCCACUAAAAACAGCAUGGUACAAAUGGAAAUCUCUCCGAUGGGUUCCAGGACGCAAGAAAUUCCUCGUUGGUACGUACCCCUCCAUUUCCUUCUCUUACAACCCCCAAUUCCCUCAUCCUCUCAAUUCCACCCAACUUCAGCUAACAACCCCUAGGCCUCGACCUCAACGGUAAUACCUUCUGGGAAUUUCGCGACGCCCUCAACUCCCACAAACACAAGAUGCGGCGCAUAGUCCAAUACCCCCACUUCGCGCACCUCUCCGACGUCCAGGUGUCUCCCCAAUGGCUGCAAUGGCUGCGCCAUACACGGAAAGAAGCGCCUAGUAUUGCGGAGCAGGAGGGGGAUGGUGCACGACGGGAGAGACUUAAGAUCCUUGCGCAGGCGGCGGACGAGAGGUGGGCGAGGAAGGGGAGUUUUCUGGAGAAGCCUAAGGUGGCGGAGGGGGGUUUGUUGGGGGUGGGUGAGGUUGAGAGGGCCGAGGGCGUGAAUAAAACGGAUUGGGGGAGGUGGGAAGAUGUGGCUGUGGAUUCUAAGGCUCAGGAGCAGUCAACGAGACGGAGUCCUGCGACUAAACCUGAGAGUCAGGGGAGCGAAGAUCCGUGGAAGCAGGCGAAGGGGGGACCGAGUGAGGAGUGGCAGCCCCAGACUUGGGGUGGUGGCAAAGCUCCUGUACGAAGAUGA